AUGCUUGAUUCCAACUGCUCUCUGCUCACCACACCUUUUACCUUUUCGUCUGCUACUCCAAUAAUUAUUGCUCCGAUAUCGCUAUAUGCCCACCUCUUUCACAUGUCAGCCAACAGAAACCACCGAAUUACACAUUUCUCAGUCUUGCGUCAGAAAACGAGCAGUACUUCCCGACGCUCCAAGAUUCUCUCCCAAGGCUGCUCGAAACUUGGCGUGAUGAAGGUCAACAACACAGGAACUACGAUGACGUUUUCCAAACUCCUGGGCGAAUUGACAAUAAUCCGUCUCCCCAGGUCAUUACAGGACUAUGAUUUGCUCAUCAUGGCUGCGGUGUCGUAG